UACUUUACUAUACUUUAGCCAUUCCACAUCAGUCCGUGCCGCUCUCUGCCCAUUCUCUUCUCCACGGCAAACCACCACCGGCGUCACCAGCCCACCACCGGUCUCCACCGCCACCCUUUUCUCCGAAUCCCGACAUGGAGAGGCCUCCGCGCAGGCCCUCCGCCGCGCGCCCGCGCCCGCGCUCCCUCCAGCGAGCCGCCGCGGCGCUCUUCCUCGCCAUCUUCGUCGCGCUGCCCUUCGCCGUGCUGUACCGUGGCCCCGUGUCGCGGUCGCUGCACGACUCGUGGGAGUGGGACCCGCUGCCUUCGCUCGACGCAUCCGAGGAGGACGGCGCCGCCCGGGAUGAUGAUCUGGACAGUCAAGAUCUGAAACUCGAGCAAGUCCUGCAGAAAGCCUCAAUGGGAGAUAACACGGUUAUAUUGACCACUCUUAAUUCUGCAUGGGCUUCUCCUGGCUCAGUGAUAGACCUAUUCAUUGACAGUUUUCGAUCUGGUGUUAGAACAAGUUCACUUAUAAACCAUCUUGUCAUUAUAGCAUUUGAUUGGAAUGCUUACAAGCAAUGUCUCAAGAUCCAUCCUUAUUGCUUUGCUCUCGGAACUGAUGGUGUGGAUUUCUCUGAGGAGAAGAGGUUCUUGACUUCUGGGUAUCUGGAGAUGAUGUGGAAAAGGAUAGAUUUCUUGCGGCUGGUCCUGGAAAGUGGUUUUAGCUUCAUAUUCUCGAUUGCUUGUGACCACUAUUUUGGGAAUGCAACUGAUCUGAGAAACAUUGCUAAUGGAGGCUUCAACUACGUGAAAUCAAAUGAACGAAGCAUAGAGUUUUACAGUUUCUGGUAUUCCUCACGAUUGAGAUAUCCUGGCCUUCAUGAUCAGGAUGUAUUUAAUGUCAUCAAGCACGACCCUUAUGUUUCAGAUAUUGGACUGAAAAUUAAGUUUUUGAGUACUUCAUACUUUGGUGGAUUUUGUGAACCAAGCAGAGAUCUAAACAAAGUUUGCACCAUGCACGCUAACUGUUGCAUUGGACUGCAAAGCAAGGUACAUGAUCUAAGAGUUAUGAUGGAAGAUUGGAGGAGUUAUUUGUCCUUACCUCCAAGCUUGAAAAGAUUGAGUGCAUUGGCAUGGAGGGUGCCGCAAAAUUGCAGCCUUUCUUGGUCACACCAAUAAAACGUCCUUAUGGACAGCAAAAAGAAAUGAAAAUGGUGAAGCCCGCCGAAAGCGCUCUGCCUUCCCCCCGAAAGAACCUUCAGCUAAACAUCUAAACAGUGUGACGAGAUUCUGAUUGAAAGGUCGCGGUAAGUUUUGCCAAACACUUCGGAGAUCCUUGACAAUAUAGAGCGGAGUUGCCGGACCGCUCUGGAAAAAUACACUACAAGGAUGGAGCGGCCUUAGCACUGCUCCUCAGCUCCGCUGGCUGUACCGAACGGGCCUUCAGACUUCAGUGACAACCAGCUUCAUUUGGCUACGAGAAAAGGAGUGCCUGCUUCUUCAAGGAAAACUGAAGCAAUUACACCGUCUUGAAAAGCAAGACUGCUGCAAUGGAUCUGUCAAGAGUAAAAUGGAAAAAAAAGAAUGUAUAUCCUGGUUGAUUUCAUAGGUAAGUUUGAAAACUGGAUGCUCUUUUUUUUCCUGUGUUAGAACAAUUUUGUUAGAUGGAUAGAUGUAUGAAAUAUGAAAAAAAUGAAUGGCCUAGUCUCGCGAUUUUCAAAUA